AUGUCAUCGGCGCCGCUACCUGUGCCCGUACCAGGAAGCGUGGAUAUGGUAGAGCGGAGUAGCGUCAAGGGUGUAGGGAGUGGAGAACGCGCGCCUGUCUCGGCGCCUGUCGCGAAGCAGAACUACAAGGGGUUUGUGGCUGGCGUGUUUUCAGGGAUAGCGAAGUUGAGUGUUGGUCAUCCUGAUACCUUGAGCAGAUUCGAUACAAUAAAGGUCCGCCUCCAAACAAAUACAGAUGGACGUUUCCGAGGCCCGUUAGACUGUACACUGCAGACAGUGCGCAAGGAAGGCGUGCGGGGAUUAUACAAGGGGGCUUCACCACCGCUGGUCGGAUGGAUGGUCAUGGAUUCUGUUAUGCUGGGAUCAUUAACACUAUACCGACGACUGCUCCUCGAAAACGUCUUCUCCAAACCUCAUCUCCGUCAAUGGAUGCCUUUUUCAAGCCACCAGGACCUAGCGACAUUACCUAGCUUUGGCCAUGGACUUGCAGGUAUGAUGGCUGGCACAACCGUCAGCUUUUUCGCUGCGCCAGUUGAACAUAUCAAAGCUCGACUACAGAUUCAGUAUGCAGCCGAAAAAAGCAAGCGCAUGUACAGUGGGCCAAUUGACUGUCUUCGCAAGAUACUCAAAACACACGGUAUCAGUGGUGUCUAUCGUGGUCUUUGGGCCACUGUCUUCUUCCGAUCCUUCUUUUUCUUCUGGUGGGGCUCCUACGACGUUCUCACCCGCUAUAUGAAGGACAACACCAAGAUGUCAGCGCCCGCAAUCAACUUCUGGGCGGGAGGCAUCUCUGCACAGCUCUUCUGGCUCACCUCAUACCCAUCCGACGUGGUGAAGCAACGCCUCAUGACUGACCCAAUGGGUGGAGCCCUCAACGACGGACAACGACGAUUCAGCGGCUGGAAGGAUGCCUGCAAAGCAGUAUGGCGCGAACGUGGUUGGAGAGGCUACUGGCGAGGCUUCGUGCCGUGCAUCCUAAGGGCGUUCCCAGCGAACGCGAUGGCUCUGGUCGCAUUUGAGGGCGUGAUGCGCAACUUACCAUGA